AUGUACUGCGCCCCCAUCCUCGACGUCCAUCUCUUCUUUAUCCUUCUGCUGCUAGACCGAGUUAUUAAUAGUGCGUGGUAUAGGGUUGUCUACGCGCUGCUUAUUAUCAACAAGGCCGGAGGCCUCGUUUACCAACGAGAUUUCGCCGACGGCCUGAACAAGCUCAGCAUCAAUGACUAUCUCGUAUUAGCCGGGACUUUUCACGGGGUUCACGCUAUUGCUACACGCCUUCAUCCACUUCAACACCUCGAGUCGACCGCGCUCGCGCCUACAGAGAGGCCGGAACCGCCUUCAGGCAUCGAAGUGCUUGAGACGGAAAACUUCCGCAUGCAAUGCUUUAGCACCCUUACAGGCACUAAAUUUCUCUUAUUCACCGAACCUCAGCAACCAAAUGUGGAUCUUAUUUUAAGUAAUAUUUACGAGCUCUACGUUGAUUAUGUCAUGAAAAAUCCCUUUUAUCAACUGGAGAUGCCCGUUAGAUGUGAAGGGUGGGAGAGGCGACUUGUUGGAUGUCUCAGGGUCAUGAAUAGUAAGUAG